ACUAAAUUCAGGAUAAUGAAUACCUUGUUUGGUUGAAUAAAAGAGAAGAGUUAUGAAUAUAUAUAUAUACUUGAUACUUGUUUGGUACUAGUUUAGCAAUUAAAACUUAUUUGCAAAAGAAUUGGUACGUGUGUAGUGGUGAAUGGUUAUUAUUAACGGCAGAAGCUGAAGUGGGAUUGAGGUAGCUGUUGACUCUCUCUCACACUCUAUUAUAAACCAUUUGUUUUGUAGUGAAAAAUAUAUGAUGACUCACCACAGCCACAGCCACAAAUCAACACGUCUCUCUUUGAAUGAAAGAAGAAGAAGAAGAAACUGGAAAUUAUGGAAAGGGAAAGAGAAAGGGUGAAGAAAGUGGAACUCAUACAGAAAUCAAUCAACCAAUUAAUCAAACAUGAACAACUUCAAUCAAAAACAUGUCAUCUUCUUGAUGACAGUUUCGUUGCCGUUGAUAAUGAUGAUGAUGAUGAUGAAACCGACCACCGCCACCAACUCCUCUCACAACUUGUAACUCAGCUGGAUUCACUAAAAGAAGAAUCUCAAUUGAAUGAAUCAACCAACUUACAAGAAGCACCAGUUGAAAUUCAAUCUGAAGAAAAAGAUAAGGUAGUAAAAGAGUUGAGGAAGAUACAGAAGCAGAAUUUUAUCACACAAUGUCUUUUAUCAGCCAUGAUUGUCCUCACCUUGACAUGGCAACUAUCUGAGGUUUCUAUCAUUUUGAAAAUGAAAGAUGGAUUAAAUCAUCCCUUUAGAUCCAUUACUGGUAUGCUUACGGGCUGGAUUAAACGCCCUCCACCUCUAUUAAAUGGUCCAGACGACCAUCUAAACAACUCUGCAAAACAUCAAGUUGAAGCUAUGUCUCUCCCAAAGCUAAAAGUUCCAGAGCUUCCACAUAUGGAGUUGCCGUCUUUCGACUUCAUCAAUGAACAAGACUAGCAUUUCCCAUUCAGUCAGCUCUUACACAAGUAUUUCAAAACACCAACAACUCAUGCUGUAAUAUUGUAAACCCUAUGAAUAAAUUAGGUAUUAUUAGGAUUGGUUUGGUUGAAGCAUGGAUUCAUGGUGCAGUGUACCAGUA